AUGCCGGCUAGAGAGGCACCAGCCUCGCCAGUAAUUGAAUCAGGGUCUUAUGAUCGAGCAGUUGGGGAUAAUGCUUUAUCUCAAGCAAUGCUACGAGUUCUUGAAAGGGUUGCUAGAACAACCCCAUAUGUGGUAGAAUAUUGGUUAAAGGCUACCGAGCUAGUAAUGGAUGACCUUGAAUGUACUUCAGAGCAAAAAUUAAAAGGGACAGUGUCUUUACUGCAUGAUGAGGCCUACCAGUGGUGGCUCACUGUGAGAGAAGGUACGCAAGCUGACCGUUUGACAUGGGAUUUCUUCAAAGCAGCCUUUUCAGGGAAGUAUGUGGGUGCAAGUUAUAUAGAUGCCCGAAGGAAGGAAUUUCUGAAUUUGACUCAGGGGAAUAAAAUCAUGGCGAAGUACGAGGGAGAGUUUCUACGGUUGAGUCGGUAUACACGCGGGAUAGUCGUAACUGAAUAUGAACACUGCGUGCAGUUUGAGGAUGGCCUCUGA